AUGCACAGCAACGAGAUGCAACCAAACACUGAACUUACGGGCACGACCGAGCAACAAGACGUCUCUGCGGUUUCCAUCCGACUCCCACCAUACUGGGACCGCAACCCUGCAGUUUGGUUUCUUCAAGCGGAAUCGCAAUUUAUUCUCUCUGGCGUUCGCACGGAACAACGCAAGUACCGCCUAGUUGUUUUGGCACUGUCGCCUACAGCUGCAGAAGAAGUUGCCGACCUGCUUUCUGGACCGGCUUCAGCCACUCCAUACAGCGAUCUUAAGGCUGUACUUCUCGAGCGCACAACAACAUCGCAGCGAGCCCGCAUGCAACAGUUGCUCUCCGCAGAGGACUUGGGAGACCGUCGGCCAAGCCAGCUCCUUCGCCGUAUGCGACAGCUCAUGAGCGACAACACAACAGUAAGCGAUGACGGCCUCCUGCGGGAACUGUUCAUGCAGCGCCUUCCAGUAAACGUUCAGAUGGUACUCGCUACAGCGACGGUGAUGGACCUCAACAGCCUGGCCAGCUUGGCGGACAAAGUCAUGGAGGUGGUGACGCCAGCGAAGGUACCGCAGCUCGAGUAG